AUGCAUCCAGCUAAAGGGUACGAUUUUUAUCGACGAACCGUAGGAAUGGAUGGAUGCGCUGGUGCUGGCUCACCAGCACAAUUUCAAACUGCAACUUUGAUCACAGCAAACCCGAAUUUACACAUACUCAAGAAGACGAAGUCGCCAAGCAAAACUCCAACUAUAUACACCGUUGCCAGAAUUUCAACUGAUAAUAGGCCUUAUUUACAAAACCCGCUCAAGUUUGGACAAUACGCAAACUACGGGCGAAGUUUACCAGAUGUAGCCAAAACUUACCGUGUCCAGAACGUCGAUCAAGAAACAGAACGAAAUGAAGAAGACCGAAAGACUGUAGAAGGGACUUCUAGGAGAAGUAAUUAUGGUCAUGUUGAGAAGCAGUGGUUGUCGAAAGAUAAUGACAGUCCAGUGAAUAGUAGCGGUGCUUUCGCAGUUGGGCAGUUAGGAAAAACUACUUCCAAUAAUUUCUCGAAACAACAGUUUUACGAAAAAGUGACAAGGCCUGUCUUAAAAAGUAGCUACGAACGGGAAACGGCGAAUGAGAAUCUGUUCACUGGGCUAUCAAGGAAAUCGAAACAGGCUAUCUAUAAAACAGCUUUGUCAACAAAAACUUCACAGCCUUUGACUAGCCCAUCUAGUGGACGUUCAGAUAGAACCGAUAUGGUUUACUGGGCUCAAUUCACUCCAGACAAACAAACGGGUUUAACAGCUCAUAAACUUUUUGGAACCAAAAAUGUUGUUACACCGUUCCCAAAAAUAAUCACCACGGCGUCUCCAGGCGUAUACAAGAAAGAUAGAUGCUCAACGUCUACAGCAUAUUACGUUGUGAUUGGUAAUGAAAUUAUAUUGCCAAUUUCCGCAAACGAACAAGACGUACGAAUAUUUGCUGGUAUACGGCAGUCGCAGUGCGCAAGGCUUUGCAGCACCAACAAGGACCCUCAUGGGGAAUAUAUGAAAUGCGCUUCAAUGAAUUAUUUUCCGCUCGAAAAGAAAUGUGAAGUUUAUGGAAUUUUAGCUGAACCUCAUGGGCCCGGCAGUCUUGUUGAAAACGACGAAGUUAUUUAUGCAGAGAAAUUUUGCUUACCAACUCAAUCGGUGAUAUGCGAGGAAGAUGAGGUGUUUAUUUUGUAUGUUCAAAGAAAAGUUACGAAGAACAAGCUAAAAAUACGAUCGUCAAACAGCAUUACGAGAUGCCUCCGACACUGUUUGGAGCACAGACUUUGCAAGGCUGCCGUUUUUGACUCAAAUCGUCGUCUUUGCAUGCUUCACGAUGUCGACCUUAGUGAUCAUUCAAACACUGAGGAAGCUGAACCUGGCUGGGUACUCAUCGACAAUGGAUGUAGCAAUCGUCACAGGCAAUCUUCAGAGCACGAAAGCACAAAAACGGCAAGUUUUUUUGACAACAGUGAUGCGAGUAUGGAAUGGUCUGAAUGGUCUAACUGUCAGUUCAAGUUACGUGGUCAGAUGGUACGUGUACGAACUCGACAAUGUGGAUCUGAUUGCACCGAUGGAGGAAUGCAGGUAGAAAGGUGCUAGUA